AUGCCUAAUCCUUCAGCACAGAAAUUCAAGCCGAUCGACGUGUCGAAUUUACCUCCUCUUCCUACGAAUCCGCCUUCAAGGUUUGAGUUCAGACCAACGGAACGACUUACUCAGGAUAGAUUGGACGCGAUUAUUGAUACCGUGCCAGAAGGGUUCUUGACAUCAGCUGAGUUGGAUCUGAUGGUUUACAUAGUUGAUAAUUGUCAGCAGGCGAUUGCAUGGACAGAUUCUGAACGAGGUACGUUCUCUCGUGAAUACUUCCCUGAUUAUGAAAUGCCCGUUAUAGAACACACGCCGUGGGUACGCGCGCCAAUACCUGUGCCAAGGGCCAUUGAAGGAAAGGUACGUGAGAUGCUUAGAAAGCAAAUUGAAGCAGGAAAAUAUGAGUAUUCC